AUGUCUUCUCAACCACUGGACCCCCGUAGACUUGUCGGGGUGCACGCAGAACGGGUAACGGACGUCUCCAGUCGGGACUUUCCAGGACAUUACCCAGGGGAGGAUCACUCAUGGAAUCUGCAACGAUUCAAAAAGAACUUGAAAGUGAAGGUUCAACGACUAUCAAACUACUCGAUCGAAUUCGAUAUCAUUGGGGUGGAUGCAUCAAUAGCCAACGCAUUCCGGCGAAUCAUGAUCGCUGAGGUGCCCACCAUCUGCAUCGAGAACGUCUUUGCGUUCAAUAAUACUAGUGUUGUAGUGGACGAAGUCCUCGCCCACCGUUUUGGACUAGUGCCGCUGAACGUGGACCCGUCGCUGAUGGAGAUGAGAGGUCCGGAUGACCCUCCAACUGAUCGAAAUACGCUCGUUUUCGAGGUGGACGUUACCUGCCAACGCAACCCGAAGGCACCGAAAGGCUCAACAGACCCUAACGAGCUCUACAUCAACCCUGAAGUCCUCUCUUCUGACAUCACCUGGUCGCCCGCCGGAGAACAAGCAGAGGUGUUCGCGGACAACGCUCCGGCACCAACAAAUCCGAACAUCGUGCUAGCUAAGUUACGGCCGGGGCAAGAAGUCCACUACCAGAUGCAUGCGGUGAAGGGAGUCGGGAAAGAUCACGCGAAGUUCAGUCCCGUCGCCACCGCCUCCUACCGUCUCUUGCCGUACAUCAAAAUCACGAAGCCAAUACCAACUCACCUCGCCGAGAAAUUCCAAAAGUGCUUUUCUCCAGGCGUUAUCAAAAUCAAUCCUCAGACACAGGAAGUCAGCGUAGACGAGAACGGUGCACGGAAAGAUACUGUCAGCCGGGAGGUCUUGCGGCACCCAGAGUUCGCGGACUCGGUAGAGCUCAGCCGCGUUCGCGAUUAUUUCCUCUUCAACGUCGAGUCGGAAAGUGCUUACAGACCUGAAAGGUUGCUUCCAGAGGCGAUCAAGGUCAUGAGGGAAAAGUUGGCAAUCAUCAAGCAGGCGGCUGAAGCGUUGCGAGAAAAGUCUACACUCGUGGAUAAUGAUGUGGUAAUGACAGACGUAUGA